AUGGCUCCCGCGCAGUCAACAUUGCGCCAGCCCGCCGUCGGGUCCGAGGACAUCCUCAACGCCUUCAUAUCCAAGUACACAGGCAUCGUCCAGGAUCGUCUACGCAGGAUAUCCCGCCGCGCCAAGAUCCUCGCCACCAUCGCGCUCGCCACGGCCAUCAUCUUCGCCGGCGAAGGCGCCCGGCGGCGCUGGAAGCGCAAGAGGCUCGAGCAGGAGCAGGGCAGCAAGCUCGUGCGCACAAACUCGUGGCUGUUCAACAAGGACGGCUCGCGCACAAUAUACGUCCCCUCGCGCGGCGGCACCUCAAAGGUCGUCGUCCGCAGAACCAAGCCCCUGACCUUUGAGGCGCAUCGCCGGCUGUUCCUCAAUCCGCCAAAGGUCUCUGGCCUGCAGGGCGGCAAUGAUGGGACAGCCUUGCCUUCGGCACAGACCAAGCCUGGUCUCAACUUGGCGUUCCUGCACCAGUUCCUCAGUCUGAUGAGCAUCAUGAUCCCACGGUGGACAAGUAAAGAGGCAGGCCUGCUUGUCAGUCAUGGCGCGUUCCUCAUGCUGCGCACAUAUCUCUCACUGGUCGUGGCGCGCCUCGACGGCGAGAUCGUUCGUGAUCUAGUUGCCGGCAACGGCAAGCUCUUCCUGUGGGGCAUUGCUAAGUGGUGUGGUCUCGGUGGCUUGGCAUCAUACACAAACUCCAUGAUCAAGUUCCUCGAGUCCAAGGUGUCCAUCGCCUUCCGUACCCGGUUAACGCGCUACAUCCACGACCUGUAUCUGAACGAGAACCUCAACUACUACAAGCUGUCCAACCUGGACGGCGGCAUCGGGCAGGGCGCCGAUCAGUUCAUCACGCAGGACCUCACGCUGUUCUGUGCGUCUGCAGCUAACCUCUACUCGUCGCUCGGCAAGCCGUUCGUAGAUCUGUGCGUGUUCAACUACCAGCUCUACCGGUCCCUGGGCCCGCUUGCCCUGACUGGCCUGUUGAGCAACUACUUCCUCACGGCCAGCAUUCUGCGGAAGAUGUCGCCACCAUUUGGGAAGCUCAAAGCCGUAGAAGGACGCAAAGAGGGAGACUUCCGCAGCCUGCAUGCCAGGCUGAUUGCCAACGCAGAAGAGGUGGCAUUCUAUGGCGGCGCCGAGAUGGAGAAGACGUUCCUCAACAAGGAGUUCAAGUCCCUCAAGUCCUGGAUGGAGGGCAUCUACAUGCUCAAGAUCCGCUACAACAUCUUGGAGGACUUCAUCCUCAAGUACAGCUGGAGUGCCUACGGCUACCUGCUCUCCUCUCUGCCGGUCUUCCUGCCCGCCUGGGGUGGUCUAGGUGGUGCUUCUGAGCUGUCCGAGGCUGCCGGCUCCAGCGGCCGCGAGCACAACCGCAUGAAGGACUUCAUCACCAACAAGCGUCUCAUGCUUUCCCUGGCCGAUGCCGGCGGCCGCAUGAUGUACUCGAUCAAAGACUUGUCUGAGCUGGCAGGCUACACGAGCCGUGUAUACACGCUCAUCUCGACGCUGCAUCGGGUCCACGCCGAGGCCUACGUCCCUCGCCCCACCGGGAACGAGCUCUACUCUCUGUCAGACGUCCAGGGAACGAUGCAGAAGGGCUUCGACGGUGUGCGCCUGGAGCACGUGCCGGUCGUGGCGCCGGCAUUGUGGCCGCAAGGCGGCGAUGAGCUGCUCGAGUCGCUGUCCCUCAUUGUCAGGCGCGGCGAGCACCUCCUGAUAUCGGGUCCCAACGGCGUGGGCAAGACCGCCAUCGCCCGCAUCCUCGCCGGCCUGUGGCCCGUCUACCGCGGGCUCACCAGCCGGCCCAAGUCGAUCGGCCAGGACGGCAUCAUGUUCCUGCCGCAGCGGCCGUACCUGAGCGUCGGCACGCUGCGAGACCAGGUCAUCUACCCGGACGGCGAGGUCGACAUGCGGAUGAAGCGCAAGAGCGAGCACGACCUCAAGGAGGUCCUCGACGCCGCCAAGCUCGGAUACCUCCCCGACCGCGAGGGCGGCUGGGACACCCGCAAGGAGUGGAAGGACGUGCUCAGCGGCGGCGAGAAGCAGCGCGUGGGCUUCGCGCGCCUGCUGUACCACGAGCCGCAGUACGCCGUCAUCGACGAGGGCACCAGCGCGGUGUCGAGCGAUGUGGAAGGUCUGCUGUACGAGACGUGCAAGGAGAGGGGAAUCACCCUCAUUACGAUCUCGACUCGCGCCUCGCUCAAGAAAUAUCACACCUUCAACCUGGUUCUGGGCAUGGGCGAGAACGGCGACGAGUGGGAGUUUGAGCGCAUCGGCACGGAGCGCGAGAAGAUGCAGGUCGAGAAGGAGCUGCAGGACCUCAAGGAGCGCAUGGCGCAGGUCGACGCGUGGAAGAAGCGCCGUGACGAGAUCGAGGCCGAGCUCGCACAGGUCUGGGUCGAAGGCAGCGGCAGCGGCGAGGGCGAGGGCGAAGGUGGGGGCGAUGGUGAAAAGGAGAGCAAGACCCUCGAGGAGCGAGCAUAUGUGUCGGCUGAAAAGGAGGCCGCCGUGGCGGCUGUGGAAGAGGCACCUGCGGACUCUGAGCAGCAGUCGGAAGAGGUACAAGUUGCGCAGGAGUAG